AUGCCGCCGACCAUGGUGCCUAAGAAGAAGUUUGGUCCUUCGGCUCACCCGUCCACCUCGAAGGCUCCGCCGCCCGCAGCCUCUAAUGCUGCGGGGGAUGCGGAGGCGAGCGAGGACGUGAGCGCUGCUAGGGGCAUGGUAGGAGUAGGUGGCGCCAUCACCGCUCCCCCCAUGGCCGACCCGGGGGCUGGAGAUGUCGGGGGAGAACAACAUCAACAUAGCCUUGGCGGCCAUGCUCCACAAGGUGCGGGCGAGGGAGUCACUCCGUCUGCACCCUCUCCUCCAACUGACGGGCACAGCCGCAGCAACCGCGCUCGGUCCGGGGUGAGCCAUCGCCCUCCGGCUUCUCCCACCGCGGGAGCGACCGUGGCCCAUGUGCCUCCUCCCGGACGAGCCGACCAGACUGCUGCGCUCGACGAAGCCGCUGACCUUCGAGCACCACCGGUGCGCGACCCCGUUGCCCAGGUGGUCGUCCCACAGCCGCGUGGGCGCGGCACCCCCGCCGCCACUGGCACCGUCAGGAGCCGGACGACGGUGCGGUCGACGUCAUCAACUUCUAUGCCAAGCACGGCCAUGGAAGCUAUGGCGCGAGCUCAGUUGCUACUGAAGUUCCAGCCAGCGGCCGAGCAAAUGGAUGAAUGGCGUGCCACCAUCCAGAGCCUGCUCGGCUUUGUCGAAGCUGAGGGCCCAUGA